CGCAAAAUUCUUCCCAAUUUGGUCAACAGUAGCUGGUUAUGGUGAAUUAUGCGUCUGCUUUUAGCCAAUCAGAAACGGAGAAAUAUUUUGAAUGAAUAAAAAUGCAAUACACGAUUGUUAGGGGCCAAAGGGGUUUAUUAUUAGAGAUGUGCAAAUGGCGAAUUGGGAAUUAAUGGAUUUAUGGAAUUCACUAACAGUGUUUUGCUUGAAUGUGAUGGCCAAACAAUAGAUUCCGGUCAAGUGCAAUUUGUUGUUUUCACACUAGAGACAGAUUAUCCAUCUAAGACGGAUAAUCCAUCUCGGACGGAUAAUCCGUCUAGAUGUGAAAACGGGACAAUGUUCAAUUUGUAUAGGUAAUCACAUAAUUUCUCGUGCAAUUUGGAAUAAAUAAGCACGAGUACUAAUUUUUCAAAGACCAACAAAAGUGCACGAGCCCGUAGGGCGAGUGCACAGCUUGUCAGGGGCACCCAAAGAGGAUAUAGUUCAAAACCACUUAACAUAGCAUUGUUGAACGUAUUUUAGAAGUAUUUAAACAGUAGAUAUAGGCAUAUUUUUAUCCCCUAAAAACUUUUCAUCUGUUUGGAUUUCCUAGCUGAAAGUCUAGUGAUCCGAAAAUUCUGAUAGGGAUAAAAACUUACCUUCUCGAAAAUUUCAGCCAGAAAAAGGCUCCCGAAAAUUCUAGGUGGCCUUUUUUAGGGUCAAAAUCCGUUAAAAAUGGGCAAUUAUACCAUUUUGUAGAUGUUCCAAAAUCCUAGGAGAGGCAGGCAAGCAAGAAAUUUUACAACAAAUGUUCCGAAAAUUCUAGAUCUCAAAUCGUCUUCCGAACAGAUAUUUUCUGAAAAUUGCCGUUGGCUGCCCCUGACUCUGUGUUCUUUGAAAAGUUUACAAGUGCUUAUUUAUUCCAAAUUGCACGAGAAAAAUUAUGUGAUUUUAAAAUAUAAUGGACGAAAAAUAUAGCUACAACAACAAAUUUUGACAGCGCGCGCGUUUUUAGUUCAUUCAACGGAUUGGCUGAAACACACUAAUACCUUUGUCAAAUUCAAACUUUUUCAAGACCAACGCUUUCAAAAUCAUUUAGCUAAGAACUUGGAAAUGUGCAAGGAGUGAUUUUAUAUGGUCACUAGCCCGUUAAAGAUCAUGACUUGGUUUACAAUAAUCAGCAAAAGUAAGUGUUUUUAAAUUCAUCCUCGAUUAUGAGAGCUCGUCGUUUACAAGAAGUAUACUGCCGUUUUGAAAUCAGGAGAACGCUUCGAGCAGCCAAAGAUGAAAGACAUUUGCUAAGGUUUUUUAAAGACUGUUCAUCAUUGUCUGUUCCUGCGUGAGACCUCAUCAUAGCUGGAUUCAUGGAGAAAUUUUUGAGAUUUAAAACCCGAAAAUGAAGGAGGCAAUUUGUUUUCUUUCGAUGCUGCUAUCGAUGGGUGAGUGGAGCCACAGAUGAUGGCGGAAUGGUAUUUUCGUCCAUUGGUUUAGUUUAGACCAGGUGUUUAAAUUUUCGGUUUCGUUUGCUACUGAGGUAGAAAAAGACAGACCAUCGCAUGGACGUUUUUAUAGAGGUCUUCGCUCCGCAAAAGACUGAAAGAGAGCAACCGGACACCUUUCUCCUCCAACAAAUAACGUACGUGACUCGUGACUUGAAAUCCCUGUUGUUAUCAUGGAAAACUUGUAUCCUUGUUCAUUUAAAUGCCUGAAAAGUGUAGCUGAAAAGUGAAAAGUGAAAAGUGAUAAUGCCUGAAAAGUGUAGCUGUCAUGGUUUACGUGUGGUUGCAACCGUUUUUGUUCUUUAUUUUUUUACUUUAGCGUAGUCUGUUAUAAUUAGCUUGUUUUUUAGUUUCUCUGGCUCAUUUUCCUCGAUUUUGUUAACAGUAUUUUUCUCUUAGCAAGGCAUUUUCAAUACAUUUAACCAAAAAGACUUACUUUUUACUGUGUUCGGGUUUUUGGAAUAUUUUUUUAAAUCCCGUCGUCGUCUGCUGAAAACUGUGGCCAUUUUCUUGAAUUUUCUUGUUAAAACAGCUCUAAUCUGGUUGGUUCUUGGUCGUUUCUUUUGUGUUUUCAGCCAAUCAGAAACCAUUUGUAAUUUGUACUCGUGUUACAAGUUUGCACUCGUGUUACAGAAGAACUGCACUCCUUUCUCAGCCAAUCAGAACUGAGUGACUUAUGGUGUAUAGUAUUAAGAUGGGUAAUUCGUCUGAAUUUAUUCGUCUGUUUAUCCGUCUUUUUAGACGGAUUUUGCAAUUUGCCUAUCCAUAAACCCUUGCGAGCUCUGUUAAACAUCACCACUCUUUGAUCACAGGACGAAAGUGUACAUGUAACUGGGCGAGAUGAUCCUCAUGAUAUCGUAUGGAAAAAGAAUAUUAUUUUAAUUGCAGAAUGUUGGCGAAAUGAUAAGUCGUAUCUAUAAUGAAUGGAUAUAUCCUCAGCUGUUUGCUUUCGCUAUUCAACUUCAAGGAAACGGGAACUAGAAAAAUAAUCAUGCUUACGUGCCACAAUCGUUGGUGUUCUACAUCGUGCAUUUCAUUUCACGGUCCGAAAUGGCAGAACGGAUCGGAAAGAUUAGAAUGAAAGCUAUUGUCACUGUGUAUGUUGGGCUUACCACAAAUUGCAACUUAAGACAUUAUGCGUCAUUACUGGCGUUUUGAUCAGUCUAAAACGUAACACUUUAAAUUUCUUUUUAGCAAAACGAAUCAAGUUAACGUUAAUUUUACAUUUUGCAAUAUGGUUAUCCUAUCUCUUUGCUAAUACCUCAGUGAAAAUAAAUUCAGUUUCUGUGAAAUUUCAAAUACUUUGUACUUCAUAUAAUAAAAAUGGUCUUUUUCCCCUUAGGUUUGGAAAACUCCGUCAUUGUGCGAAACAACCAAAAUCACUUGACCUUGUUAAGAAACUGGCUAGCACCUGUGGUAAAAAGCGUAAAUUCUCUCUGGAAGUGCUGUUGGCGUGCAUCCGUGGACGGCUGGGCUGCAAGUACAUUUCACUCCCUAUGUAACGGGCAAGGGCCCGACUGUGACAAUAAUAAGGGUUGGGAGAUACAUUUUUGGAGGAUACACUAG